AGGGGGGGGGCUGGGGGAUUGGCCUCUGGCGCAGACCCGAGAAGCCCGCGCGGACCUCCGAGAGCUUUUUCCUGCCGUCUCUAGCAUGUGAGAGUUACUCGCCGAGGCUCUCGGGCCAGACUUGUCUUCGCCCCCACGCUUGCGCUCCACAGCGCCGCGCAGCGAGGGCGGCACACACCGCUCCUGCAGGGGCCGGGGGCCGCGAGGGCAAAGGCACCACACCGCAGCCCAAUUUCAGGGGCCGGCACCCUGCUGUCUAAUUGGCCAGCGCCGGAGCACGGACGCCCGCACCCGACGGUGGUAGCGAGCGCAGCGCCGUGGACGGAGGAGAAUCAGUCUUCAUGGAGAAGUCUAGGACAAAAAUGAAAGAUUGCGGGAUUCGACGCCCGGGGUGCCGAAAUAGCCGGCCGAGUUUUCUCUUGUUCUUCCGGUUGCGGGGCCUCCAUCCAAAGAAAGGUGGUGGCUGCGUGUUGCCAGAGUUUGAGCCAAGCUCUCGCGAUCUUCGACGAGUGGCAUAACAACAAUUACAAGAUUACGCCGGUGAUAGUAGUAGUGGGAGCAGUCGCAGUAGUAAUAGUAGCAGUAGUAGCCGUAGCUGUUGUAGGGGUCGCGCGGUUCCUAGCCCAGAAAGACCUGCGCAUCCUCAUUCGCCAGUUGUGCGACGGCCCGCUCCCACUAGGUGUUCGUGACUUGGCGUGGCAGCCGUGCAUGGAAGCAUCCACUGGAGCUAUUGUCGAGACGACUGGCAUCAUGACCACAGCUUGCAUAUCCGCUGGUGUAGCUGGGAAGGGCGCUCAAGACGCCAGAUGAUUCUCGAUGUUGGUGGGCCAGGACUCUUCGACUUUAGCGCAGAAGGCCAGCGACGUGAUCGAUUUCAGUAGCGACUUCUCUGGCAUACUACCGCACGUGGCAGCAACCAUGAAUAUGAAGGCCGUGCUUGAACAGGCGAAGUGCCCAGCGAUUGAUGUUUUCAACCUUGAGACUUUGCAUGACUCCCUGGCAACGUCGGAACCGAUCCCGCUCGACGUGCUCGGCGAGACCGGCGCGCUGUAUUCCCUCAUGCGCACUGCCAUGUUCGCCGGGGCGGCCAGCAACGAAACCAUUUUCAAGGACGACGUCGGCACUGAGUUUUUCAUUGGGCCACCAUCGGGACACCCGAAGCCUGAUGUCAAACUUCAGCCUCUGAACAAAAUUCGUUAUGUGGAGGUGACCGUUCCAGGCUUGCGCACCCACUUGGCAAAACCUGUCAUGCGCUUAGAUCGGUUUUGCUUUGUUUCGUGAAUCCGUUCGUGCUUGUCUGUUAUUGGCUCCCCCCUUCCCUCCACAGCACCCCGGCCCCACGCCACCGGUGGUCCCCCCGUGCCUGUCGCAUUCUUUCUCC